AUGGCUGAAAACUCCAAGUUCAUCAAAGAGAUCGCAACAGCCGAUAUUGACAAGACAAAACUGCCACACAACGUGGGCAAAUACAAUGGCUUAACAGAUCCUGAUGACCACCUCCAAGUUUUCAAUGGCGUAGGAGUAACAGGAGGCUGGAACUUACCAACUUGGUGUCAUCUUUUUGCACAAACAUUUCUUGGUGCGGCGCGCGUCUGGUUUGAUAGCUUACCAGCAGGGAGGAUCAAGUCAUGGAUCGAUUUUCGGGACAAGUUCCUCGCGCACUUCUCUCAACAACGCAGGCACACUAGAGAUCCCGCUGACUGUUUGAAUAUAUGGAGGAAAGAUCACGAAAGCGUGGAAGAUUUCAUCACCAGAUAUAACAAAGAAUGCCUAGAAAUCGGAUACGUAGGCGAAAAGAUUAUGCGCGCACACUUUAUGAGGGCAGUAAAGUGCGAUGACUUGAUCAAGCGAUUGAAAGGAAGAGACGGAGGCCCCAAAGAUUGGGAAGCCUUCAUUGAAGCAGCAAAAACAAUCGCGCGCACCGACAAACAAUUGACCGGUGAUGACAACUGUCAAUAUGGUUACAGUCAUAACGAUCGGCGCAAUAAGAAAGGCAAAGGCCAAUCAUGGAAAACAUCUGGUUACAGGGAAAGAAGCCCAGUAAGAGAAGACACGCGCAAUACAGUUAACCAAAUCACCCAUCGCAAAGAGGUAAAAAGAGAAAAUAGAGAAAAACAGUGGACGCCCCUAACAAAGACACCUUCUAAGGUCCUGUCAACUGAGAACCACCAGUUCAAACCACCUCUACAAAUGCGCAACAAAAGAGGCCAAGACCCAAAUCUUUUCUGUGAAUUCCACAAAGACACCGGUCACUUAACCGACGACUGCUUUAGUCUAAACUAG